UCAGUCAGCAGUCUUCAUAGCUAGCUCUCACAAUAGAGAACUUGAAAAGUUCACACACCCGAAAAUAGUUUUGGAACAAAAUUUAGUUUAGGACUCGACCGGAAACACGAUGGCCGACGGCUUUAAGAAAUACUUCAAUGGCACCACAAUGCACGGACGCGCAAACGUGGCCAAGGCUACGUACGCCACCUUGGCUGUGUUUUAUUUGCUGUACCGUGUGCGUCGCAGUAAGGGAGCCCCAAAGGAGGAGCUAGCAGGAGCGGAGGUCGAGAAGGGGCCGUGCAACUGUGAUGUCGAGAAGCCCGAACAUCCUGUGGGCUAUUGUGAUCCGCAUGCCGAGCCGCAGCCACCCGAGAAGCAUUGUUCCGUGUGUCGAGAUCGGGCCAGCGAGCGUCGGGCACGCGAGGGCUGCAAUGGGGAUCCCCCACCACCGCCACCGCCGUCGUCGCCGCCGCCGCCUCCGUCGUCAAGUGCGACAGCAGCACCGCGUCGCAAAUGCCCGUGUGAGGAUCCGCAUCGACACAUCGAGACUCCGAAGCCGACCACGCAUCAGUCGCACAUGCAGAUGCCGUCUCCCCAAGAGGAUCAAGUGCAUCCGGCGCGCGAGAUUAUCGGACACAUGCAGGAGGCCGCCUCACGGGCCCUGCGCAAUGUCAUUGGCGCCGUCUUGGGCGACAACUCCUCAGCCGACAACAGCGCCGCAGCGCUUUACAGAGACGGCGAAGACACGAGCGUUGAUGCUGCCGCUGCCGCCGCCGCCGCAGCUGAAGCUAGACAAAUGGAGGACGAUGGCGAUGGCAGCGACUAUGGUGCGGACAGUCAGCUCAAUCGCGAGCGACGCACUUCACCCAAAUCCUGUGUGCCGACCACAGGCGGCAGCUGUGACAUCGAUCUAGUGCUGCCCCUAAAUCAAGAGCCGCAAGAGCUCGUCCAGUCCCAAGCACAGACGCAACCGCAGUCGCGCUUUCGCGCCUUUGAGGAUGACUUUGCCUCCGAAAUGUUCUUCGAGGACUUUGACGAGUGAACCAACAAUUGCAACCCAAAAAAGAACGGUCACAAAAUUCGCAGUUUUCUAAAAAAAUUAUACAAAAAAUAUAGCAAUGAAUGACAACUGAAAUCAAAUUAAAACCAACAACAAUAUUCUUUUUAUUCCUGUGCAUCUUCUGAGACCUUAAAUCGGCACAGCUACGGACCUCUACUGGUCUAUGUUCCGCCCCUCGUAGUCCUACCUAAAACCUAAAACCUAUUCCUUAUUCAUACUACAAGUGGUAAAAUAGAAUAGCUUAUUACAUCUAAAUCAUAUCAUAGUUCUUAAAUUUAAAAUGCAUUUUAUAUAUAUAUUUUUCAUAAUAUAUUUUAUUUCGGAUUUCAGUUUUCAUUCUGUUUUUAGUUGCCAGUUUUUUUUUUCUUCAUUUUUAUAGUUUUUGUUUAGUUUUAGUUUUGCCUCAAAACACGUAACUAGAAUUGAUCAUCAUUAGCAUAUAUGUAUAUAUAUUAUAUAGUGUAUAGUGUAGUGUAUUGUAUUGUAUCUUUAUCGUUUAAUUGUAGUACUUUGGGGAUGUUCUCUUGAGGGGGGGAGGGAGGUGAGUGGCAAUUCAUUCGCUCUCGUAAACAAUAUAUUUAAUAUCAAUUAAUAUCUUAUCAUCAGUUGCUGGAUUGCAGAUCAGUGUGCAAUCCGUUAAAUAGGUAAGCUAUGUAAGCAUAUGUUUAAUGUUUAGUUAAAUAAGACAUAUACAUAUAUGUAUAUCAAUGUACAUAUAUGUGAAUGCAGCAGUUAUGUGUGUGUAUGUGUGUGUCUAUAUAUAUAAAUAUUCGUGGCAUUAUUUAUGUAUAAUUAUGAGUGUGGACUUUUGAACUAACAUUUAUGCAAUAUGGAAAUAACAUUCAACGUUUGCUUUUCAUUUCUUUUCUUUUUCUUUUUGGUAUGGGCUCAUUAACUACCUUUAUCUCUCUCUUUGUCUCUGUCUCUAUCUCUUUCACCUCUCACAUUCUCUCUUUCUCUGUCUUUUUCGUGUGGAGUUGCUUAACUGCUGCGUUUGCAAUUGCUAUGCGCUAUAUAUAAUCAUCGACUUUA